CUGGGAACUGUUGUCAUGGCGCUGCACACAAACGGCUGAAAACGGGGAGGGGGGGCAUCACCAGUUCAGGUAAUUACAUCUGCAAUCAUGGCAUCGCAAAAUAAAGCGGUUGAGCUUCAGCUGCAAAUGCGACAGAAUGCAGAAGAGCUGCAGGAUUUCAUGAGGGAUCUGGGGAGCUGGGAAAAGGAUAUCAAGAAAAAAGACGAGGAACUGCGGAGGGAGAGUGGAGUUGAGCCUGAAAUGCAGAGUUUACCUCCAGUAAGAAAUAAGCAUUACAAGAGGAAGAAAAAAGACAAAAGCAAAGCGACUGCCAACAAUGCAAAGAAUGAAAAGGAGAAAGCUUCCAGAAUUAAAUCGUAUGAUUACCAAGCAUGGGACAAAUUUAAUGUAGAUAAAGUACUUGAAAAUCUAGAUAAAGAAGACGGCACACAGGAAUCACAUGAAUCAGACUCUGAAGAAGAAGCGAUUCAUAUAGACAAAGAUAAAGCACUUUCUGUGAGAGAAAAAGGCAACGAUCUCUUCCAAGAAGGAAAAUAUGACGAUGCAAUAGAAUGUUACACAAGAGGUAUGACUGCAGAUCCUUACAAUCCAGUCCUCCCCACAAACAGAGCCGCUGCUUUCUUCCGUCUAAAGAAGUAUGCUGUAGCUGAAUCGGACUGUAAUUUAGCCAUUGCGCUUGACAGAAACUAUACCAAGGCUUAUGCAAGAAGAGGAGCUGCUCGAUUUGCUCAAAAAAAAAACGAGGGUGCUAAAGAAGAUUAUGAGAUGGUUCUGAAGCUGGAUCCUGAAAACUUUGAAGCACAGAAUGAACUGAAGAAAAUACACGAGGUUCUGGCUUCACAUGCGCAUGUGUCAGAAAAAACAUACAGCAAAGAAAAGGAAGCAGUGGUUGAUGAGAACGAGAAGAAAAGAAUACAAGAACAGCAGGAUAAACAGCAGGCAAUUACUCAGAAAGAUCUUGGCAAUGGUUAUUUCAAAGAAGGAAAAUAUGAAGCAGCGAUAGAGUGCUAUGCCAAAGGAAUGGCAGCAGAUGGCACUAAUGCACUUUUACCAGCAAACAGGGCCAUGGCCUAUUUAAAGCUUCAAAAGUAUGCCGAGGCAGAAGAUGACUGUAGAAGUGCUAUAGCACUGGAUGGCACUUACACGAAGGCUUUUGCCAGGCGGGGGAAUGCAAGAGCAGCACUUGGUAAACUGAGAGCGGCCAAAGAAGACUUUGAAACAGUUUUGAACCUGGAACCAGGAAACAAACUGGCUUUGAAUGAGCUUGAAAAAAUCAAUAAUGAAAUGGUUGCAAAAGGCCUCUUGUCAAAGGAACAUCUUGCAGACCAACAAGCAAAGAAUACUGAACAAAGAAGACUCGUACAACCAAUAAAUAAACCACCUCGCCUGCGAUCAACAAAUCCACUGAGACGAAUGGUUAUUGAAGAAGUUGGAUGUGAACUGCCUGGCACUGACCUUCAAUUAAUGUCAAACACCUCAGCAGAAUGUAAAGUGCCAUUCUGCAUGAUCACAGAACUUACUAGAAGCAAAGAAGCAGUGGAAUGUGCCCCCAGUGCCAAAAUGCUUAAAAUAGAGAAGAUCUCUGAUAUUCCAGCAGAUUCCUGUGAAAGAGAGCAUCUUGAAGACAACGCAGAGAAGCAGUCAACUGUAAGAUGUGUUACUGUGGAAAAUACUGCAGAUCAGAAGAAACUAUUACCUUCCAUAUCUGAGUCUUUGUCCAUGCCUUCACCUCCUACAAACUCCUUUCAGCUGGAAGCAGAUUUGAGAAAGCUAAAAUCCUACCCAGAAAUGAAAUACAAGUACCUCAAACAAAUUGAGCCAUCAGCCUACCCCAAAAUAUUUCAGAAGUCAUUGGAACCUGACAUUUUGAACCAGAUUUUAAAUAUUCUACACUCUUCUUAUACCAUGCGUGAUGAGCAUUUGGUUAUUUUAGAGAUUCUGAAGAACCUUGCAGAAGUGAAAAGGUUUGACAUGGCAGUCAUGUUUAUGUCUGCGGCAGAAAAGACUGUUGUUCGAGAAUUAUUCAGCUCUAUUCAUCAAGCUGGUUUAGAAGAUGACCACCUCAAAUCUCUUAAGAAGAAAUAUGGGAUUUGAUUUGAUUUGUACAACAAUUCCAGUUAGUUGAAAACACAGUUGCAGGCCAUUCAUUGUUUAGAUUGUACAGAAUAAAUACUGACUACAUAUUAUUUUUAAAACCUAAAUACACAGAAAGGGUUGAUUUGUUAUAAAUCUGGAGUUUCAUAAAAUCAUGUAUAUUUAUAAAUGGUGAACCUUAGUAAUGAUUUUAUUUUCUGGCCUAAUAUGGCUGCCAUAUUGAGGUACAUUUUGAAGUUACAGCUGCAUGGAGAUAGUACACUGAGUUAUUGUCUUAAUGUUUGGUGCACAUUGGCAUUCAUUAAUUGUCUUCAUUAAGUAUUGUUACCAUUCUCUAACGAAUGCCAGUCCCACUAAAAAAUAUAAUAAAAUACAACUGGUCCAUAUCUCGGCUUUCUAGGCUCUGGGAACUUGACAUGGUUUUAUCUUCCAUCAUAAUUUUUUUUAAUGAAAAUAGAAGGCAAGUGUGAUUAGUUAUUAAUAAAAUAUUUUGGUAAACAUCCCAGGUUAAUUGUAUAAAUUACGCACAUAUUGUGUUAGGUGUAAGUAUAGGCGCAGUAGAAAUAAUUGCAGAUGCAAAAUUCUAAUUCACAACUGACUGGUGCAUCUGGCAACCAAUUGUACUUGUGAAAAGACAAUUGUCAACCAGCUAAGGGUACAUCAACAAAGAAGCAGAUCCUUAAUUAAUACGUUACCAUAUAUUUUUUUUUUAUUACAAGAAUUAGGUACAAUACAUUCCUUUGCUCUUUUCACAGCCCUAUGGUGAGCUGGUGUUAUUAUAAUAAUGAACAAACAGUUGUUAGCCAUUUCCCUCUAGUGGUCACUUUGCCAUAGCAGAAGUUGUUUUUUAUAAUCCCAUUAUUUCUAAGAGCGUGACAAACCUACAGUACUGUAAAUUUAGUGCCAUUGGUCUAUUUUUUUUUUUUUUUUUUACAUUUGUCUACUUGAGUUUGUCACAAGUUUGACCUCAAAAUGUGGUUGUGUGCCAUCAAUCUGAUUAGUGGCUUUAAAUUAAAAUAAAUAUA